CGAAGCGACCGUGUGUGUGCGACAGUGCGUUUUGGCGUCGUUACCCGCGGUGCGGUUUCUUUCCGUUGUUUUUUCCUCCCCCGAUCUAUUCUGUGCGUGUCGUGUCGACGACGGCGACCAGUCAGUCUGUGUCCUUCCGCUCUUUCCUUCGUGGCAGCCCCAGCCAGAGGCCAGAGGCUGUUGUACUCGUUGUGGGUUUUUCGUUCCGCUGGGAAGCUGGUGUGCCUGGACCGCAAGUGGCCAUUCCAGCCCGACAUCCGGCCGCAAGCCCCGUGGAAAGAGGCAAGUGUCCAGCAAAGCCAACGCCAAGGCUCUCUAUGUGCGCGCUACACUUCCGCCUCCUAUCGAGCUGCCCUGCGACGGGCGCUAGCCAAAGUGCACCGUAACACCCGAUCGGGGAAAUCUCCCGUGCCGCACAGUGUCCGCUGACCGGUAGCAAAAAAAAAAACCCCGCGGUCAAACGAAAACAAGUGCGUGCGGCGUGCGUCCAUAUCGGACCGGCGCAUUUGUGUCUGUGUGUGUGUGUUAGUGUGCGUGAGUGAGUUUGUUUCGCUCUGGUUCGUGAGUGUGAUCAACCCCUUCACUCCUGCGCUAUCAGCGCUGUGUGCGAGAUAUGGAAUUAAGCCGGCCACGGUGCGCCCAGUGGUGGAACGGAUUCGACGCUAGCAGCAGUUAGCAGCAGCGCUCCAAACGAAACAGUACGCACCCUGCGCGUACGAAACGUGAUCUGCGUCCGUGUGUAAGUGCGUGUGUGUUUGUGCGUGUGUGUGUGUGUGUCAGUGAUUAUACAUUGUGUCCGAGUGAGCAAACCGCACCGCAAAGCAAAGCAAAAGCAGCCCCAAAAGGAAAAACUUCCGAGCAAGCCGGCAAAGCGCAAUCUAACCAACAACGUGCACGUGCUUUCGUCGACGGAGAAGUGUGCACGGGACGAAGUGUCCAUGCGGGUUGUCCCGUUAAGCCGCCGCCGGCAGUGGAACCGCCAAUCCCCGUGGUGAUCGUGAUCGUGCUCGUGUGUUUCGCAGCUUCGUGCCCUUCGGUUCGGUUCGUUUGUGCGCGGCGUAUCGCGUCUCUCCACUCACCGUGUACUGGCAGCAGCAGCAGCAGGCCCGGCUCUCUACAGGAACGUCGCAAACCGGUCAGGCGGUUCCGGUCUUCUCGAUCUGGGUGUCGGCAGGUGUCGGCGCCCCGCAGCACACCACUGCAGUCCGCCUUCCUGGUGCAAUUACGGACUGUGGAGAUUUUUUCACAACCACCUGAGAACCAGCACCGGUACCUAGCUUUGGCACUCAUAAGAACCUCCACCUACACCUUGUGCUGCUGUAAUUUAUGUGCUGCUAUCCGCCGUGCGGACGUUAGCGUAGUACUUUGUGCCGGUAGAAGAGCAUAGAGCAGUAGAUUUGAGUAGAUUUUGGUUUUUUUUUUGGCUACGCCAGGUCCCUUGCGUUCACGAGCUUGGAUGCUUGCUGCCAACCGAUAGAUCCGAUCAGCAAUAUUUUUUUGUGUUUUUGUUGAGUGUACGACCGCUAGCUCAUCCUCUCCUGCCACUCCGGCUGCAAAGUGAGCGUCCGUAGGGGCAAUCGCCCUCCUAACCCUCCGCCUAGUGACGAGAGCUUCCGGUUGUAGCUGCAGCCUAACACCACACACUGCCCUCCGCAUCGAGCGAGCGCCGUGAAAGAAGGAGCGCCGAACGCACGUUUCACCCGUAGUUCUGUACAUCCGUAGCACCAUUGCGUGUGUGUGUGUGUUGUGCUUGUCGAUAGUAGAAGCUGCUAGAAUCAUCAGCAAAGCCCCAUUCUCUGCCACUGCGAUACGAAAAACACUAACAAUCCACGUGCCAAACGUUCUGUGUAGAGUAGCGCCCGUGCGCUAGACACAGUGCCACGCGAACCACGUUUGUGCAGGCUACACGUUUGCCUCCCCAGUCCCAUCAAAAGCCAGCUAACACCGAACGGGACGGCGCACUGCAUAUGCGUCUGGUCUGUUCCCAAACAUCUCUUCCGCCCCCUGCCACCCGCACGUCAAAGAUCGCCGUGUGUAAAGUGUUCGUUUUCCAUCCAUCCACGCCCUCCACAUCUUCAACGAUCACCUUGAGCGACCAGUAACCAGUAGCUACGCCAAAUUCGCCACGCUAACAUAGUUGCACCCAUCUAUCUAAGGCACACCGACGUCAAAAUACAACCCAAAAAUAAUUUAAAAAAACUAAAAAGCAAAACAAAUUACAACACAAAUCAAUAUUGGACGCACGCAACUUCGAUUCGAUCAUAUUUGCAUUAGCGACACACCCUGUCGGACGCUGUAAUAAGUAGUGAAGCCGCGAAUCUGGACCACUAACACUGCUAGCCCCCGCCCAGGCAGCCGGCCAAGUUAACAACAUUUGAAUUAGAAAACAGUACACAAACCACCAGCUUGUAGUAAAUUUUGUUUCGUAAAGCUCACAGACGCACACCAUAUCCACCGGCAAAAGAACGCCAAUUUCGCAUCCACCAUCAUCACAAAACAAAAACAAAACCAAAACAACCCCCCUCUCCCUCACGCACCAUGGCGUCGACAACGAAUUUCCGACCGAAGCUGGCGAUGGGCACGUUCGUCCUCCUAUCAGUCGCGUUAUCAAUGACAACAGCUUCCGUAACUAACGGUGCGACCUCACCAGCCAAUAGAUCGAUACAGACCGCUGGACACCACUCGGAUACCAAGUGUCAAGAUGGGCUGUUACUGUCGGUCUGGCAGCCGGAGGACAAUCUGACCACCGGCGACCGAAUCGCGCGCGGUCUCGUGUACUUCUUCUCACUGCUGUACCUAUUCAUCGGUGUGUCGAUCGUGAGCGAUCGUUUUAUGGCGGCUAUUGAAGUUAUAACCUCGAAGGAGAAGGAGGUGCGCGUGCGGAAGGCGGGCGGCGAGGAGCAAAUCGUCGUCGUCCGCGUCUGGAACGAAACGGUUGCCAACCUAACGCUGAUGGCGCUCGGGUCCAGCGCGCCGGAGAUUCUGUUGUCGAUCAUCGAAAUCGUCGCGAAAAACUUUAACGCCGGCGAUCUCGGCCCGGGCACGAUCGUCGGCUCGGCCGCCUACAAUCUCUUCGUUAUCAUGGCAAUUUGCGUCCUGGUUAUACCGGAUGGGGAGGUGCGCAAGAUCAAGCAUCUGCGCGUGUUUUUCGUCACCGCCACCUGGUCGGUGUUCGCGUACAUCUGGCUGUACCUGAUCCUCGCCCAGAUCACGCCCGGCCGGGUCGACAUGUGGGAGGGCUUCCUCACCUUCCUGUUCUUCCCCGCCACCGUCAUCACGGCGUACGUGGCCGACCGGCGCCUGCUGGUGUACAAGUACAUCAGCAAGCAGUACCGGAUGAACCGGCGGGGCGUGAUCGUGCAGGUCGAGGCCGAGUCGGCGAUGGAGAUGAAUAAUCGGGACGAGAAACUGAAUACUAUCGAUGAGAACGGCGGCAUCACGGAGGAGGUGCGCGAUUUCGAGGAGAGCCGGCGCGAGUACAUCUCCGCCCUGAAGGAUCUGCGCAAAAAGUACCCCCAGCACGAUCUGGAGCAGCUCGAGAUCAUGGCGCAGGAGCAGCUGAUGAACAAGGGACCCAAAUCGCGCGCCUUCUACCGCAUCCAGGCGACGCGCAAGAUGAUGGGUAGUGGUAACAUUAUGAGAAAAAUCUCCGAACGCGCCCAGUCCGACCUGAGCGAGGUGAAGGCGGAACUGCAGCGCGUCGACGUCGACGAGCCGAUCGAGGAGGACGCCGCCUGCCGGGUGUUCUUCGAGCCGGGCCACUACACGGUGAUGGAGUCGGUCGGCGAGUUCGAGGUGCGGGUGGUGCGCCGCGGCGACCUGGCGGCCACGGUCACGGUCGACUACGAGACGGAGGACGGUUCGGCCGAGGCCGGCUCGGACUACAUCGGGGCGAAGGGUACGCUCACGUUCGCGCCGGGCGUGGACGAGCAGCGCUUCCAGAUCCAGGUGAUCGACGACGACGUGUUCGAGCAGGACGAGCACUUCUACAUCCGGCUGAGCAACGCGUCCGAGCCGGCCUCCCUAUCGACGCCGAAGGUCGCGACCGUGAUGAUACUGGACGACGAUCACAGCGGCAUCUUUGCGCUCACCAGCCGCGACCACGAGCUGGUCGAGUCGAUCGGCACGUACGAGCUGAAGGUGCAGCGGUACAGUGGGGCCCGCGGCCACGUGCGCGUCCCCUUCUGGACCGAGGACGGUACGGCCAAGGCGGGCAAGGACUACGAGGCCCUGUCCGGCGAGCUCAUCUUCGAGAACAACGAAAUUGAGAAAGUUAUCCAACUCAUCAUCAUUGAGGAGGGCAGCUACGAGAAGGAUGUCCUGCUGUACGUCAACCUGGGCGAACCGCAACAAAUCGGAGAUGACCACGUAACAGGCAUCAUUGAGGCCGCGGAACGAAAAGCUCCCGAAGAGCUGACGGAAGAAGACAAAAUGGCACUGCUCGGUCGGCCGAAGGCUGGUGAUAUUGUUAGGGCACAACUUAGGAUAAAAGAAAGUAAAGAAUUUAAGAACACCGUAGAUAAGUUAGUACAGCGUGCAAAUGCCUCCAUCCUGAUCGGUACCUCGUCAUGGAAGGAACAGUUCGUUGAGGCACUCACUGUCAGCGCCGGUGACGAUGAUGGCGAGAACGAAGGUGAAGAUCCACCGACGCCCAGCUGCAUGGACUACAUCAUGCACUUUGUCACCCUGUUCUGGAAGAUUAUCUUUGCCUUUAUUCCACCAACCGACAUGUCCGGAGGAUAUCUCUGCUUCGUCGUAUCCAUCUUCUGCAUCGGUGUCGUGACGGCCAUCAUCGGCGAUGUGGCGUCCCAUUUCGGCUGUACGCUCGGCAUCAAGGAUUCAGUCACUGCCAUUAUCUUCGUUGCCCUGGGAACGAGUAUACCAGAUACGUUCGCCAGUAAGGUCGCUGCCAUACAGGACAAGUACGCCGAUGCGAGUGUCGGCAACGUGACGGGCAGUAAUGCGGUCAACGUGUUUCUGGGUAUCGGUGUCGCCUGGACGAUUGCCGCCUGCUAUCACAGCUUCCACGGACGGUCGUUCGACGUCGAGCCGGGCACGUUGGCUUUCUCCGUAACGCUGUUCUGUACGGAAGCGUUAGUCGCGAUCAUUGUGCUGAUGGUCCGAAGAAAUCCCAGAAUCGGCGGCGAGCUCGGCGGCCCCAAGAAGGCCAAAAUCGUUACCUCAAUCUUCCUCUUCUCCCUGUGGAUCGUGUACCUGCUGAUCAGCAGCUUGGAGGCUUACGGUAUCAUCAAGGGUUUCUAAGCGGGUCGCCACCGACCGACCGUACCAACAAACACAACCAAAGCACUUUGCCAAUCCCCCCCGCCCCCCCAGCAGGACAACGCGUGGCGCCAGCGUCCUGCCAACUAAGCUGCUUACGUAUCGAGUGUAUGAUAGAAAAAAAAGCAGAACACGUGCGCGCGUGUGUGUGUGUGUGUGUGUGUGUGCGUGUGAAAGUGUGCUUGGGGUGAGACACCCCUCCCCGCAGGACACAAUGGUGCAAACAAUAAGCACACACUCACCGACAAAAGUUCGUUCAGAGGCGUCACGGGGCGUCUAGUUGAAGCAAACAAACUGCGAAAAAGAAAAUAAUAAUUGCAAAGCAAAACAAAACCCAUGAAGACAAUUUUAAGGUUUAAAUGCGAAAGCGUUCCUCUUCCUACUCACCACUCCGCUGAGCCUCGGUGUUUGAUGCAGUAAUUUUUGUUUGCUUGUUUUGUAAUUCGUAAAUGUUGUUGCUUUCCAGUAAAUCUGUUUUCCGCGAUCGCUUUUAGCUACAUCAUCUGUAUGACGGGUUUUUUUUUGUUGUUGAUGUUGUUUUAGUUGAAAUUCUAUUCGAUUUGUUUGCGGUGUCACUGUUACAAACAAAGCUCUUCCUUCGAGCUGUAGACGAUCAGCGUGUUAGGUUAUUUGUUUGUAAAUGUUUCUUAUUUUUAUUAUUAUUAUUUUGUUUUAAAAGCGUUAGGAAAAAAAGCAACAACCCGCAGGAGCUAGACAAGCGGAGCAGCGUUAGCGAGCAUAUUUACUAGAGAUAGCUAAUUAUUAUACAUUACACGGCGAGUUAGUUGUUGUUAAGAGAAAAGCUAAAAACAAGCAAACAAACGGAAGAGAAAAAUGCAAACCAACAGAAAAAAAGCGAGAAAAAAAACCAUUUAAACUCCGCAAACCCGCGCCGCGCUAGUAUCGAAUGGGUGCGAACAAGGAGUACGACACGGUACAGAUGUACGACGCGCAAGUGGGCAUGGUGAGAAAAUGGAAGAUGAAAGAAAAAUAUGACGCCAGAAAAAAACAAACAAACAAAUAAAACGGUUAGGAUGACCCGUACAGAUAAAGAAAGCAAGCGAAAGGGGAAAAGAGUGUAGCGGCGAGCAAAGCUCUACUUAACUUAACUACCACGGAAUACAAUAUGCCAAAUUUGUUGAAACUUAGUUACAUAGAGUAUAUCUAUAUACAUAUAAACGAGACACAAACACACACACAUUUAAACACACACACAUACACACACAUUUAAACACACAGACACAAAGGUAGAAAUAAGCGCGUGUUUCACCGAAGGCGAGAGCAGAUGCGCGAGCGCGUUUGAUGUUGAUUUUCACAAUUGUUCAUUUCACAGCGUUACGAGCGUUACGCGUUACAGAGGAGUGAGUAGCCGUAAAGGGUUUCCGUGGCAUGGAAUGGAUAUGUUACAUUUAGCAGGGUAUAUUUACUGAGCAAGAGCCAGAUCGAGAGGGAGCGAAGGCAAUAUUAAACGCUUCGUGCUGUACCACCUCAAGGGCGCAUCUUGAACACGAUCACGAUCCCGCAGCCAUCGGUACGCCGAUGCACAAAAAUAAAACAGCGAGAAAGGGGCAAAUAGUUUAAAAGCUGCGGGGAAAAACGUGGAAUUGGUAAGAGUAGUAGUUUAUUGUUUUCAUACAAACUCUCACACAAACCACACAACACCAUGCCCAUGCCGCUCCACACAAAGAAAGCACAGAUCCGCCUCGAAACCGAUUCUAGUCACCGUGUGGAUGUAUUAUAGAGUGCUCCGAUUCGAACGAAGCCUGAGGCAGGGGCAAGUGGGCUGGAAAAACUGUUUUUAAUUACAAACUACGACGGUCAGCGGGGAGCGAGUAGCCUAAUUUAGUAGUAUUUAACGGAGGCAGAGGUAGCGAACACGAACGACAGCUCCCAAGCUCCCGGUUUAACCAAAGAUCCCCAGCAGUUCAAGUGUGUUUGCUCAAGUUUAGCUUUUCGUUCGCAAUCGAGUGCGAUUAUGCACUCCCAGUAGAAGAAAGGGGUGCAAGGGCUUUAUUGUACAUAAUGAUAUUUUAACAACCCAGUAAGGGACGGGGAGGGGAUGAACGCAAUGAGACGCGAUGGAGGAAUGAAGAAAAUAACACCAACACGAAUAGGAACACGAUCGGAUGAGAUCGGUAGAUCGCCAACACAGAGCCAGGUUACAGGACAAUCGCUUAGUUGAACUCGUUACAAUUGCCAUUCAGUGAGGAUCUUCUUUUUUCGCUUCUACAAAGAAUUUACGUUUACUUUUCCUUCAUACUUGUAUCCUGUUGUUUUCCCCGGAUGACUCGACCGCUCGGGGAACGCAUGGCUCGAUCGGUAGCAUAAUCGCUACUGCCCUAUCGCCCAGCCGGAAAGCCAACUAACCAGAGUGGCUUAACAUGAGUAACUAAAACACAGGCACACGUGUCGCUUCCGGGUUGCAUGGUUGCAAAUCACUGGCCUCCCAGCCCACCAACCAACGCAGGGCGUACGAACUCGCGCAAGUGGUACGCUGCUCUUUGGGCGUAUUCAAAGCGCAACGCAAAACAUAUCGCUCUCAGUAGCAGUCGCAGCGGACCAGAGCAGCACGGAUGCACCAACCCUCGUGCUUCUCGUGUUGUUUUUCUUUCUAUACACCGACGCAGAGAGAAGAUGUUUCGUUCACAGGUUUCCAUUUCACGCCACCCCUUGGCUGUCUGUGUGUGUCUAGCAAAAACCAAAGUCAGACUCAUCAUACACACCAGCUCCAUGGUUUCCUAUCGCUUUAGGGUUUAGAUAAUGCAACUGAAACGUUUCUUCCUCUUACGAUUAGGGUAAUAAAUUGUUUCUAUUUAUCUUUUAUUUUAAAGAACAUUAUAGCAAAACAGCAAAACAAAGGUACGAAACCUUCUUAGAACAAGAAAAGCGUUGAUGCGGUUUGUUAAAGCAAAACGAAAAGAAUAACAAGGUACUACCAAUACUCAUUGACACAUGUUUGAUACUAGAGACGCACCCGACCGAAUUGUAAGCCCCCGCGUUAUUCUAGUUCUAGCUCCGUUUUCGACUUCCUUCGCAAGGAAGAUCACCCAUCGGCAUUAGCUGUUGCGCCGUUACGCACGCGAGAAAGCCGCCCACUACCCAGCAACCCAUAACGACGGUGCCCGGUCAACCGGGUCGACCGGGCACAGCAAGCAAAAACCAUUCUUCCAUUUCAAACCAAACCAAACAAAACAAACAAAAACCUACAUACAAACUUAAGAAUUUACUUAGACUCUAAUACCGCGUAAGUCUCGUUUUUAGGGGUAUUUAAAUUGUAGCCUCGUAAGCCUCGUGUUAGCCGUUAAUCAGCGAUCAUUUUGAGCAGGCCACCCGUCACCACGAUCCUUCCAGCCCGGGCCGUUGAGCUUGAGAAGGGGUUUUUAGUUUUGGCGUUGUUUUUAUGUUACUUCACACAAACCAUUCAACUACACACUGCAUUAGUCUACAGCGUGAGUAAUCCUUCCUUCCGCUGUAUUGGAGCACAACAUCCGCCUCUAGGAAGGGUGGAUGCGUUGUACGAUCAAGCCCAAAUUGCCGACCACACAACAGAGAAAGGUUGAAAAUUGUGUUAAUCAAAACAAACAAACAAAACAUACAACCCACUCGUACAGGUUCAUAGUAUAAUAAACAAUAACACCAUACGAUCGGUAGCAAAUCAACAGGUCCGAACUCCGUUUGCUCAGUACUAGUGCCAGUACUGGUGCCGUUUCAAACAGGGAAUUGGUUUGAUUUUUUUUUUUGUUUAUCUAGACAAAGCCACCAAAACAAAUAAUGGCAAAAUUAGCUAACGACACAAAAAUCCCAGAACGACAACAAAAGACGUUUCAUAAAGAUAGCGACAGGUGCGUUUAAGCUAAUAAGACUGGGCUAGCCAGUAGUAGGUAGUGUGUGCGAACAAGCGACGUGUAGAGAGGAACGUCGCGGUGUAGUGAUGCGGUAAAGGGGGGUUUUUGAACAAAACACAAAUAAAGCUCGUUGCAACAACCAACCAUCAUCCAAUUUUGUGUGUUUGUACGUGUGUGUGUGUGUGUGUGUGUGCGCGUGUGUGUGUGCGCGCGUGUGUGUGCGCGUGUGUAUGUGUCUUCAUCCGUCGAUGCAGCAGGAAGUGAGACACUAAGAGAGUUAAGCCACCAAAACGUUUUUCGCCACGUUGGGUGUUAAGAUGAUCGCAAUACUCAUCCCGCCAUGUGAAAGAGAAAUAUGUUAUGUUGUGAGUAUAUGAAUGGAGAGAGAGACAUAAAGAGAGAGGGAGAGAGAAACAUUGUGUGUGUGUUUGUUGAUGUGCUUAAAUUAAAGAACAACGAACAGACGAGAGAAACACAACCGUGUGCAUAAUAGUAAUAGUUUACAUGUGUAGAAAGCUCGACGUUAGUAGAUGUAAGCGACGGGAAACGGUACCAAUCCUUCAAGUCUCCUCCCCCAUCUAUUCACUAGCUCUAUCACUAGCUCCCAUAUCAAAAUUUCCUGCUCCAAUCCUUAAUCACCAAUUGAGCCGAAAGCCGUUCAAGGAUGGUGCUGUUUUGAGACAACAAAAAACAACCGCCACGACCAUUACGAGCGAUGUAUGGUAUAUUGCAUUACGUUAGAUAGACGUGUGGCAUCGAACUAGCACUUAGUGACGUGGGGGGGGGGGGAAUUAAGCAUGAAAAAUCAUACCACUACAUCUAGCUAAGUGUCGCGAUUUACACUCUUUACACGUCCCCAUACUCACACCUACAGCAAGCGUGCAUUAAUAUCUUCCAGUGUACUAUUCGAUGUUGAAAAAUGUGUCUAGAAACAAAAAAAAACAAACAAACAAACUUUAACAGAGGACGAAUAAAUCGAACUGUAGUAGAAAAGAAAAAAAACCAAAACAAAAUUUAAAACUAACUCAACAAUCUACUUACAUCUUUGUACUUUGCUACCACUAUUUACUCUUUCGGCCAUCUUUCGAAUCGAAAUCUUACCCUCCCUUUAUAUCAACGUACACACACUAGGCAAAUCUUUAAACGUAAGACCAAUCGGGAGAGACAGAGCAAGAGAGAGAGAGAGAGAGAUAUGAAGAGUAGAGAAAGAUAUAAAAAACGAACAAAAAACAAACAAACGAAAAUGUGGAUCAAAAAAAAACAUGAAACUAAAAAUUUAAAUCGAACAUAAAGAAACGUGAAAGUCUGGAUAUUAUUGAGAGAGAGAGAGAGAGAGAGAGAGAGA